CCCGCAAUUUGCGAACUUCGGUGUUCGCGGGAGGCCCUCAGGGCGGAAUCGCAUGAGCGGCUAACGUUCAUUGGUGCUGGUUCAAUGUGUCGUUCCGUGGCCGUCGGGUAAGAAGUAAAAAGUGAACUCAUGUAAUGUCAUAUGUCCUAUUUUUUUUGUAACAGGUUCUUCGCGGUGCUGUACCCGCUGCGACUGCCUGCUGCCCGCAGGAGGAGCAAGCAAAUGUUGUACUGUGCGUGGGCUAUGGCCCUCGCUUGCAGUUUGCCUCAGAGCGUGGUGUUCAGCGUGAAACAGCAUCCAGUAGUCCCCGGAUUUUCCCAGUGUGUCUCCUUCGAAGCCUUCAGCUCACCAUACCAAGAGGUCGCAUACAACGUGUUCUGCUUGUGCGCGAUGUACUUUCUACCACUAGCUGUCAUCACCGCCUGCUACGUGCGCAUCUUUGCUGAGAUACACCACAGCAGCAAGGAGAUUGAAGGCAGUCGUCGCGCCGGCGGGCCGGUGCGCCUGCGUCGCUCGGACCGGCGCGUGCUGCAGCGGGCAAGACGCCGCACGCUGAGAAUGACCGUCACCAUUGUUAGCGUGUUCGCGUUGUGCUGGCUGCCCUACGCCACCAUGUGCAUGUGGUGGAUGGUAGACCGGGACUCAGCACGCCAGAUCCCCAGCCGCGUCCAAGGCCUGCUGUUUGCCAUGGCCGUCUCCAACUCCUGCAUGAACCCGCUGGUCUACGGCUCCUACCGCCUCAACUUCAGGAGUAUGGCGCGAAGGUUCUGCAAGGGAUGUUGUAUAGCCACCAGCGCUUCUGAUACCAUAGGCAAUUCCGCGGCUUCAAGUUCGAUGAAGAGGAAUAUUAAUCUGGAGGCGCCCCUUGUGAUAAAGGUAAUUAUUAGUCUUAAUUCUAAUCUUUGAUCUGCAUAACUAAGAAACUUUCCAGACGGUGUUAAGAUUGUUUAAUGAAAAGUGUACCUUAAAGAUGCACAGUUUAACUCAUACUGUAUAAG